CCUACCUAUAGGCGUCUCCGAUAUUCGUCUAAUUCGGACCCGAACCCUCGUACCUUAUUUUCCGAUUUACAAGCAAACAUUUACACUUAGGAGACAAAUAGGCCCGAAGACCCCAGGUUUCUCAAGAUUCUCAAGGCUUGACAGGAGAACAGCAUAUGCACAAGAUUGUCGGUCAGCUUCCAAAAGUACGAGGGCGGUCCACCGAGUUGAGGACGAACCUUGCGUCUGUCCCUGCGUCCCUGCGUCUCCAGCUUUCAGCUCCACAACGUCCAGGGUUCUCAACCAACCGUCGAUCGCUUCUCCCGAUACCUAGACCCUCCUGUCGGUAGAGCCUGACCGGGUCAACUUGUUCGCCGGAACCGUACUAGUCCACAAUUGCCGCCUCGAGCCCUGCCUCGUACUUACGAGCCGAAGAACGAAAACUGAAGAACGAAUUAGCGAAUACCACUGCCAAUUCAUUUGCUAUGUCCGCAGCUUCGAACCGUCACCCUACGUUUAGGGCGAGCUUCGCUGAAAGAGCCAGCAAUGUCGCCCAUCCGCUAGCCAAUUAUCUCUUCCGUCUCAUGGAAUUGAAGAAGUCGAACCUAUGCCUCAGUGCCGACGUUACCACCGCCCGCGAACUCCUUACGGUAGCAGAUCGAAUUGGCCCUUCCAUUGUUGUACUCAAGACGCACUACGAUCUCGUCGCAGGAUGGGAUUUUCAUCCGCAAACUGGCACGGGUGCUAAGCUUGGUGCUCUUGCGAGGAGACACGGCUUCCUCAUCUUUGAAGACAGGAAAUUUGGGGACAUUGGCAGCACGGUUCAACUACAGUAUACGGCUGGCAGCGCCCGUGUUAUAGAUUGGGCACAUAUCGUAAAUGUCAACAUGAUCCCUGGAAAGGCAGCCGUGACUGCACUUCAGCAAGCAGCCGCGCGGUGGCGUUCACGUGUCAACUAUGAAGUGAGGACGUCCGUCUCCGUCGGUACCCCAGUCUCGGAUUCAUUCGACGAGGAGGACGAAAGCCCUACGUUUACACCCCUGCCGGCGCCGAAGGAACUUCCACCUCCGUCAAACCCGCAUAAUAAUGGCAGGAAAGGAAGUAUCGUGUCGAUCACGACCCUCACACAAUCUUUCGAGCCGGUAGAUUCGCCUCGUUUUGCUAGUGGUAUUGCCGAAGGCGACGAGCUUGUAUAUGCAGGAAUCGAAGAGCCGCCAUGGGAGCGAGGGCUCUUGAUAUUGGCACAAAUGUCAAGUGCGGGGAACCUCAUAACUAAGGAAUACACGCAAGCCUGCGUCGAAGCUGCCAGAGAGCACAAAGACUUUGUGAUGGGUUUUAUUUCACAGGAAACGCUUAACAGCGAACAGACGGACGAUUUCAUUUCCAUGACACCCGGUUGCCAAUUGCCCCCCGAGGGAGAUGAGGACGAAGGCAGUAUUGCAGGCGACGGUCUCGGUCAGCAGUAUAAUACCCCGUCAAAACUUGUUGGGCUGGAUGGGAGCGAUAUUAUAAUCGUUGGACGAGGUAUUCUUAAGGCGGCAUCUCCGCAGGUGGAGGCUGAGCGGUACCGAAGAAAGGCGUGGAAGGCAUACCAGAACCGGAUAGGGAAGCAAUCAUAAGAGUAGACAGGCGUCUGGCGCCGCAUGGAUCUAUAUCAAGCAUGGAUGAAACAUUUCGUCCCGGAGCCUGGAGUUUUGUUUCGGCUUUAUAUAAGACAAUCAUCAUUAUUACGGAAAUCUGGCCGAUCAAAAAAAAAUUGGAAGGGGGUUUAAGAAAAUUAGCAAGUCAUAUAUCAUACAUAAUGAGGUCUAUUGGCAACGAUUAGGGAGUUUAUGGCAAUAUUAUUCCCCCCACGGGUCAUGAUGAGGUUUCGCAAUAUAUAUACAUGUGAUGAACCUCACCCCUUGGCCAGCUACCUAUCCAUGCGAGUUUCCUUGAGGCUCUACUCGAAAUGCAGGGGCUAGAACUAGAUAGGUCUACUUGAACCAUGCUUUUUUUAUUUAAUUGUGUAGCGUCAGAGUUUUC